UCAGCUGACGCCUCCUAAAUAGCGUCACUGUUGGACACAGCGCCGCCUGGUGGGGAAACUGAGUAGCGUGUUAUGUUACAGUAAGACACCAUCAGCGGAAAAUGUGCUGCCUGUUAUGCAUAUGAUCAUAUGUAAAUGUUUUGUGUAGCUAGUUUCAUUUCACUAUCAAAAGGACAGGAAGGGAGGUUCCCUCGCUUGCCACAGCACCACAAGGAGCAGAGCCUUCUGGAGCAUGGACCAUCUCCACCCUCUAAAGCCAAAUGAGAACCUAUUUGUUGACAUUUGUAUUUACUUUGUUUGUUCUGUUUGUACAGUAUCUUCCAGUGUAUUAUUAUUAUUAUAAAUAAACCUGGUCCCCAGGUGCCUUUUUUUGUCAAUACAUCUCCCAACAGCCUAUUACUUGAGUCAGGUGUGUUGUGCCAAUCAGAACCAAAAAGCAUUGACUGUUGACAGGGGUUAUAUUAUGGGCAAAAACUUUGAACAAUAGGAAAAUAAACAGCACAUACUAAAAGUAAGUAAGUAACUGAAAACACAUGCAGAAGAGACCUGGAAGCCCCCAGGAAUCGAACCCAGUCCCUGUUCCCCUGCACCACCUAUAAUCAAUCCAUCCAUCUUCUACCGCUUGUUCCCAUGCAGGGUUGUGGGGGUACUGGAGCCUAUCUCAGCUCCUAUUAAAUCUUAUGAAAUCAAAACAGUAAAAGUGAUGACAUUUUUUUGUAUAACUAAUCAAAACUGUGUUGGUUACACGCACAACAGGGGAACUGUUUUGAUUAAGCCAGUUUAUGAGUAUGAGUUAGACAUGUUCACUGAUGAUUUUAGUUUCAUUUUUUGUGGUGUUAAGUUAGUAAAUUGUUAGUUUAGUUUAGUAAGUUACUAAGUUGUUAGUUUCACAAGUGUCGGAUAAAACAUUACCAGUAAACAAUCAACAGGAAUGAUGUUUUUUUCUUGAAGGUAAUCAUUUUAUCUUAAGAAGUUGUCUUAUCAGCUGCAGUUUCAAACACAUCAGCUGUCGAAUCCACCCACUCGGCCUAUUCAACCAAUCAAAUCAAAGACCAAAUACAACCUCACCUUUAAAUAGAGUCGGAAAAAACACAAACGCCAAGACGCUGCAGAUCAAACUACUUAAAUUAUGUUGUGUUCUACUGAUUACUGGUCCUAGUUCUAAUCAGGUGGUCUUGGUCGCAGUAGUUCUGGUUUUGGUAUUAUUAUGGAGCGUCGACAGAGUCUGGAGGAGCAGCUUAAGUGUCCUGUCUGUCUGGAUGUCUUCAAUGAACCCCUGAUGUUACAGUGUGGACACUCCUAUUGCAGAUGUUGUGUUCGCUCCAUGAUGGUGGAUGUUCUCGGCCAGCUGCAGUGUCCUGUGUGUCGCUGUGCAGUGGAUGGAGAAAGUCCUUCUCCUAACGUUAGUCUGGCUCGAAUUAUUGAGGCUCUGCAGGAAGUGAGUGUUUCAGGUAGAGCUCAACUGGAGACGUGUCCUCAGCACCAAAACCCACUAAGUCUUUACUGCGAAGAUGAGGGGAUGGUGAUCUGUGGCCUCUGUGGCAGCAUUGGUGCUCAUCGCGGACACAAAAUCACACCUGUGGGAUCUGUCUAUGGACGUAUGAAGGAGGACAUUUCCUGUCUGAUGACGGAGUUUCAGCAGCACAAGCAGAAAUUGGAGGAUCACAUCUGUAAAUUAGCCUACAACAAAUCAAGGAUCACAAAUGAGUCUGAUGUACUAAAGUGGGUGGUGAGGAAGGAGUUUGGUGACCUGCGACGCUGCCUGGAAGUGGAAGAGACUGGAUUCAUGCAGCAGGUGGAGACAUCAGCUGCUGCCCUCAUUUCCUCCCUUCAAAACCAAACAGACCAGUUAAACCAAAACUUGAACAGACUGCAAGACGCUUACAAGACCCUGCAGGACCUAAGCAACGAAGGACACCUAGACUUUAUCACGAAAUAUGGUUCAAUUGCUCCAAGGUUCAAACAAAUUCGGGAAGUGGAGCAGCAGGAGGACAGAAUCUUUAGCUCUGUUAACUUCAGCCCAGGUUUCAACUACAACAACAUCAAACUGUCAGUGUGGAAAAGAUUGCACCGCAAAGUCUUGCCAGCACCAGAAAUGCUGAAGCUGGAUUCUCAGACGGCUCACCCAAUCUUAGAGCUACUUCACGGGGACAUGAUGGUUGUCUGCGGGGCCCUGCUGCGGAGGCAGCCCGAUAACCCAGAGAGGUUCACCUUCAGUUACUGUGUUCUGGCCAAUCGAGGUUUUUCAUCUGGGAAACACUACUGGGAGGUGGAGGUGGGUAACAAACCCAGAUGGCGCCUCGGUCUGAUUAAAGGAACAACCAAUCGAAAGGUCAAACUGGUGAAGAACCCAGAUAGUGGAGCCUGGCUGAUAGGACUAAGGGAUGGAGUGUAUGAAGCAUUUGCUUCACCCAAGGUGGUCCUGCCACUGCCUGUGCCUCCCCGCCACAUCGGAUUGUUCCUGGACUACGAGGGUGGAGUCCUGACCUUCUAUAACAGUGACAGUCCUGAUGAACUGGGCUUCAUUUACAGCUUUAAGCUGGAGGUCCAGGGGAAGGUCUAUCCCCUUUUAGAUGUGUGCUGGCAUGACAGAGGGGACAACAAACAUCCUCUUGUCCUCCUUGCGCCAGACAGGGAGCAGCUCGUCCACCAGAACCAAAAUAUUCAAGCACCUCGUUUGGAUCAAAAGUAAGGCCUCUGGACUUCAAAAGCAACAAACACAGCAGAGAGUCUGAGUCAGAGGGGAGAGGAGACAUGGUUCAGGUUUAAUGUGAAUCAGUGAAUUAAUGUUUAAUGUAACAACACAAAUUCACCACAUACUUCCUUUUUUGACACCAAAUGUUGUCUUAGUGUCAAAGUCACCGAUGUUGCUCUUCUCCUUAUUCCAUCUCUGUUGUCCUUCUUUGUUGUUGUAUGUUGAUCUGUUUUUGUAGUCCAAACAGUAGGUCAGGUCAGCUCCUGCUUUGAGGCAGAGAAUCCCUCAAAGCAGGGAGAGGGAGAGAGUUAAAGUAUAAAACUGUAAAAAAAUUGCUGAGAACUGUUACACCCUGUACAUAAAUCAAUGACAAAACGCAGAAGCAGCUAAUGCUGAUAAAAGUUAGUUGUUACACGCAAGGGUCAAACUGGACUGGAACUAUUUUCUAAAACACACUCACUAUGAGUGGGAAACAGGCUACAAAGGCCUACAACUGGGAGGGAAGACCCAAAUGCAACGACCCACAGACAGGACUGACAAUAAAUGGUUUAAUAAUUAAAACAUACAGAAAGGACAAUACACACUAAGGUCACGGCGUAUGCAGGCUAGGGCAGAAAUAGGAAUGUAAACUAACACAUACAAAUCACUGAGUAACAAAAGAUUACUGCCGAACAGGAAACUAAAUGACCCUACUAAGAACAUAGAACAUGCAAACAACAAAACCUAACACACUCCGAACGAACACACGAACCUGGACAGAGAGCACAAUGACACAACGACAUGUAACAUGCAAUGCACCAAACACAAGGACAACACAAAGACUGGACAAACCUUGAUCAGGGACAGGACUGGACCACAAGACAGAAACAACGUCAAACAACAACCUCCAUGUAACACCUAUAAACAACAAGGGAUAGGAAUAACAAACCAACAAAGACUGUACCCAAACCAGAAACUUCAAUACUUACUAAAACAGGUGACUCUAAUUAACCUAAUAAACGGACAUGACACGACAGGAAAUUAAAAAACAAAGAACCAGCCAAGAGGGCCUUAAUGCCACGUGAGCCAGAGUGCCCUCUGGUGGCCCGGAAGCUGACUCGCAACAUUAGUUGGAUGUUAUUGUUAGAGUUAGAAAAAUAGAAAACCAGUUUCUUAGCGUGAAUUACUGCUACUAUAAAUUCUUUAAAACUAGCUGAGUUAUCAACAAAUUAAAAAAAUGUUUAAAGUAAAGACAACAGUAGCCGAUGCAUUUUUAAUGAAUUUGAAUAAAAUGAACAUUUAUAAACAACAGACUAAUGUUUAGUUUAAAACCAAUCAUUUUGAAGGAUCUAAUCAUUCACCUUCUCAAAGUUUAGCUUUAAAGGUUAUAGCUGUUAAAUAGUUUCUGGUGUUUUAGAGAUUCUUUUUUUAUUUUGACUGUAAACUUGCAUUUGUGUCAUUUGUCACAAAUUUAUUUUGAUUUGAAUAUAUUUUUAAUCCAGUUUUGAUUGUCAUCUAGAAACAAACCCUAUCAUUCUCAAAACCACUUUACUAAACAAAAACUCUAAAAAUCACAAAUAUUUAGACCUCCUCCCUUUUGAUACAUGGAUUCAACCCAUGAGUCAGUUGUCCUAAAAAGAAAAGAGAUGUUGGCAUGUGUACGGGUUCACCCUUCAUCAAAACCUGAUUUCACAAAGAUAUGAAUAGAAAAUGAAAAUUGUUGGUUACAGCAAAAAAACAAGUCAGCAAAUAACCGAAUGUUAAAAGGUACAAGAACAAAAAUCAGAAUCAGAAUCAGCUUUAAUGGCCAAGUUUGCACAGGACAACUAAGAAAUUGUAUGUGGUCUGACUCCAUCUUUUUCCCUCACAGAAAAAACACAAUUAUAUACAAUUUUAAAUAUAGUUUUAAAAACAAAUAAUAAACAAUAAAAAACUGUGGCUUGCUAUGUGACAUUCACAAGUGGUUUGAAAGUGGUUAUUGCAAAUACAGUAUAUUGUUAAAUUGCA